AUGAUGCAACAGCACUUUUCAAAAACCUGCACAACUUAUCAAAUAUUGAAGCCAAACGCAUGGGUAAAAUGUUACAGCAAGACAGCAAAAAUGUGCUGCCUGUUUAUGUACGGCAAGGUGGUCAAACACACAAUUUUCAAGAUUGAUUCAAGUGACACAAACUUGAAAGAAACUGCCAUAAUUGGUCCUAUUCACCAUGCAAAGAUGGUGACCAAUAUCAACGAAGAUACAUCGACCUCUGGCGUCGCUUUGCGAAUAAAUACAAAGAUGUGUGUCACUUCGGAUUUACAUUCGUCACAACGAGCAUUGGAUAAAGGAGUCAGCGUUAUAAUGGGUGAUCAUGGGAAUCGAAUCGGACAGGUGCAAUACACCUACAAUGGCAGGAUCGAAGAGCGUAUGCCACUAAUGGCAAUCCGUUUGCCACCAGAUUUCAAACGAUAUUAUCCGAGAGAGUACGCGAAUUUUUUGAACAACAAAUGGAAGCUGACUAGAGUUUUCAUCAUCGUUCAAGAUUGCUUAGCGUAG